AUGAAGAGCGAUAACCCGCUCCCGAAGAUAUCUCGUCUCAUCACCGCCCACGAUGCGUCAAGCAGAAAGGCUAUUUUCUCCACUGAACUGCCUGAAGAGGCCAAUUUCUUCACUCCAAAGCAUGAGCCCCCGCUUCCUGUCGGCUUCUACCUGGCGUACGAAACAUCCUCCUUUCCCGCGCGCCUGACGGACAGCAGAGACCUGGCAGACUACAAGGCUAUUUUCGAGAAGAGUGAUUCCUCCGGAUUAGUCAAACAUGGCGGGAUUCUCAUGCGCUACGUCGACUAUCCCUCAAAUUGCAUCACGCCCAUGCAUCGGACCAUCAGCCUGGAUUUUGGCAUUGUCAUUGAAGGGGAAUUGGAAUGCGUGCUUGAUUCCGGGGAGAGAAGGACAUGA